GAAGAAGGAAAUUAAUAGACUUUUACUGAAUGUUUUAGUACAAGAGGGGUUGUGCUGCAUUUUCCUUGAAGUGAUUUCUAGCAGAUUCUGAGCUAUGGGGGAUGAGGAGAUUGCAGCUCUGGUUGUGGAUAAUGGAUCUGGGAUGUGUAAGGCUGGGUUUGCAGGGGAUGAUGCUCCUCGAGCUGUGUUUCCCUCCAUUGUGGGGAGGCCUCGACACCAGGGUGUGAUGGUGGGAAUGGGUCAAAAAGACAGUUACGUUGGUGACGAAGCCCAGAGUAAGAGAGGGAUUCUGACACUGAAGUACCCAAUUGAACAUGGGAUUGUGACCAACUGGGAUGACAUGGAAAAGAUCUGGCAUCACACCUUCUACAAUGAGCUGCGAGUUGCCCCAGAGGAGCACCCUGUUCUCCUCACAGAAGCACCUCUGAACCCCAAAGCCAACCGGGAGAAGAUGACCCAGAUUAUGUUCGAGACUUUCAACACACCAGCCAUGUAUGUCUCUAUUCAAGCUGUAUUGUCCUUGUAUGCCUCUGGCCGCACUACAGGCAUUGUAAUGGACUCUGGUGAUGGUGUUACUCACACUGUGCCCAUUUAUGAGGGGUAUGCCUUGCCCCAUGCCAUUCUGCGGCUAGACCUAGCUGGCAGGGACCUGACUGACUACUUGAUAAAGAUUCUGACUGAACGUGGGUACUCGUUCACUACCACAGCUGAGAGGGAGAUUGUACGUGACCUCAAAGAGAAACUAUGCUAUGUGGCUCUUGACUUUGAGACUGAGAUGGCCAUGGCUGCCACCUCUUCAACCCUAGAGAAAAGCUAUGAGCUACCAGAUGGUCAAGUCAUCACCAUUGGCAAUGAGCGUUUCCGAUGUCCAGAGGCACUCCUCCAACCUUCUUUCCUAGGAAUGGAAACCACUGGGAUCCAUGAGACCACCUUCAACAGCAUCAUGAAAUGUGACAUUGACAUCAGGAAGGAUCUGUAUGCUAAUACCGUCUUAUCUGGUGGAUCCACCAUGUACCCAGGCAUUGCUGAUCGAAUGCAGAAGGAAAUCACAGCCUUGGCUCCAAGUACAAUGAAGAUUAAGAUCAUUGCUCCACCUGAAAGGAAGUAUUCAGUGUGGAUUGGUGGCUCCAUCUUGGCUUCUCUCUCCACCUUUCAGCAAAUGUGGAUCACCAAGCAGGAAUAUGAUGAGUCAGGGCCCUCCAUAGUUCAUCGCAAGUGCUUCUGAUCUAGGAUUCUUCUGGAAUGUGCAAGUGUCCAGGCCACUGUCUUAAGUAGAAUAUUGCCUUAAUACACUUUUUAACUUGCCAUUUUUUUUCUUGGUUAUGCUGUUAAAAGGUGACCAGAUAUUCCAAGAUAUGGGAGCAUCCUGUGUCUUGGCAGAAAUCUUUUUUCCAAACUCUGCUUCUUUUGUCUAUACCCUCCCCACCACCAACAUUUAAUAAUUUUAAAUGUCAAUCAGGAAUUCUUGCACAGGUUGUCACAAACUAAAACUCCUCCAGUAUAUGUUUUAACCCCAUGGAUGAAGCUUUUUUGCCAUUACUUCAUUCAUCCUAAUUGCAAGAUUUGCCAACUGCAGUAGGUAUUUUUUUCUUAACUCCCACACCAUCCUCUCACUUCUCCUGAGGAGUGCUUAUUGAGCCUCACCUGAGGAAGAAUACAAUGUCUUUCUCAGAUGAGUUCAAUACACCUAGUCCAUUUAUACUGUUUUUUUAUAAACUCCACUAUAAAGUGGUUCAAAAUUACUGAAAUGACAUGAGGGCCUUGUGCCUGAUGUCUAUUUGCCCUGUGGAUUUACUAGUUAACUAUUCUAGGGAUCUUGCAAUUGCUUAAUCUGUUGUGAUGCACAGCUGUCUGAUCAGUUGCACCAAGGCAAUUGAUCAGAAGAUCCUAAAACGGUGAAUGAAAAGCCAAGAACAAGGUGGGAGCUGAUUCUUCCCAUUCUGAGCUUUGAAGCUUGAACAGAUGCUUUGAAGCUUCAAGGCCAUGUGGAAUACAAACCACUAUUUUUUGGAUGUGGUGGCAGUAUUGCUACUCUAAUAGUGAGGAAAGGCCCAGUCCAGAACAAACUAGCUUUUAAGAACAACCUGAGCACCAUCCAUGCUGUAAUGCUUUGAGUCCCACUGAGCUGGAUCCAACAUGGCCAUGCAUUCCAAGCCCUUAAUUGCAGUGAUGCAAGUGAAUAUUUCCACCACUGGGUGUAACAGCUGCUGCACUUCUUUUCCUUUUUUUUUCUCCAUAUUUAAAUGUAAGAAUUCACUUGAAUUGGCCGAAUAAGUUCAUUUUGGUUUCCUAUCUACAUAUCCUGAAACUUUGGCAAGACUUCAUGCCAGAAACUGAAUCCUGCUUUACAUCAACUGGCUAUUGCUGUUUGUGGUCUAAUGAAUGCAGUGCUCCAUCUGAUUUUGUGCAAGUAAUGCUGUACUAGGAUAAAAGACAAUUCCCUUUUGAUCCUUCCCUAAUGGGCAAAUGAUGUCUCAAUAGCUUGGAGUGGGUGUGCCUGUAGCUGAUUUUGUCCAACUGCAAUCUGUAUAUGUUUGUGGAGUAUAGAACUGUAUAUAAAGUAAAUAAACAUCAAAUGAAUGA